AUGGCGCCAUUGCGCUCCCGAGCCACACGGUGUGCGCGGCCGGGUGGGGGUGGCGGCGGCCUCCGCAAGGGUUCCCGGCGCAGGCCCCGGAAAACUUUAGAAACUGUUCCUUUGGAGAGGAAAAAGAGAGAAAAGGAGCAGUUCCGCAAACUCUUUAUUGGUGGCUUAAGCUUUGAAACUACAGAAGAAAGUUUGAGAAACUACUAUGAGCAAUGGGGAAAGCUCACAGACUGUGUGGUUAUGAGAGAUCCUGCAAGCAAAAGAUCAAGGGGAUUUGGAUUUGUAACAUUCUCAUCCAUGGCUGAGGUAGAUGCUGCCAUGGCUGCAAGGCCUCAUUCCAUUGAUGGCAGAGUAGUUGAGCCAAAACGUGCUGUAGCAAGAGAGGAGUCUGGAAAACCAGGAGCCCAUGUGACUGUGAAGAAACUGUUUGUCGGUGGAAUUAAAGAGGAUACUGAGGAACACCACCUUAGAGAUUACUUUGAAGAAUAUGGGAAAAUUGAUACUAUUGAAAUAAUUACUGAUAGGCAGUCUGGGAAGAAAAGAGGCUUUGGCUUUGUUACUUUUGAUGACCAUGAUCCUGUGGAUAAAAUUGUAUUGCAAAAAUAUCACACCAUCAAUGGUCACAAUGCAGAAGUUAGAAAGGCAUUGUCUAGACAAGAAAUGCAAGAAGUCCAAAGUUCUAGGAGUGGACGAGGAGGAAACUUUGGUUUUGGUGAUUCUCGUGGUGGCGGCGGCAAUUUUGGACCAGGACCAGGAAGCAACUUCAGGGGGGGUUCUGAUGGAUAUGGAAGUGGACGUGGAUUUGGGGAUGGCUAUAAUGGGUAUGGAGGAGGACCUGGAGGUGGCAAUUUUGGAGGUAGCCCUGGUUAUGGAGGAGGAAGAGGAGGAUAUGGUGGUGGAGGACCUGGAUAUGGCAACCAGGGUGGGGGCUACGGAGGUGGUUAUGACAACUAUGGAGGAGGAAAUUAUGGAAGUGGAAAUUACAAUGAUUUUGGAAAUUAUAACCAGCAACCUUCUAACUAUGGCCCAAUGAAGAGUGGAAACUUUGGUGGUAGCAGGAACAUGGGAGGACCAUAUGGUGGAGGAAACUAUGGUCCUGGAGGAAGUGGAGGAAGUGGGGGCUAUGGUGGAAGGAGCCGAUAUUGAGCUUCUUCCUAUUUACCAUGGGCUUCACUGUAUAAAUAGGAGAGGAUGAGAGCCCAGAGGUAACAGAACAGCUUCAGGUUAUCGAAAUAACAAUGUUAAGGAAACUCUUAUCUCAGUCAUGCAUAAAUAUGCAGUGAUAUGGCAGAAGACACCAGAGCAGAUGCAGAGAGCCAUUUUGUGAAUGGAUUGGAUUAUUUAAUAACAUUACCUUACUGUGGAGGAAGGAUUGUAAAAAAUGCCUUUGAGACAGUUUCUUAGCUUUUUAAUUGUUGUUUCUUUCUAGUGGUCUUUGUAAGAGUGUAGAAGCAUUCCUUCUUUGAUAAUGUUAAAUUUGUAAGUUUCAGGUGACAUGUGAAACCUUUUUUAAGAUUUUUCUCAAAAGUUUUGAAAAGCUAUUAGCCAGGAUCAUGGUGUAAUAAGACAACGUUUUUCCUUUAAAAAAUUUAAGUGCGUGUGUAGAGUUAAGAAGCUGUUGUACAUUUAUGAUUUAAUAAAAUAAUUCUAAAGGAAA